GCCCAUCUGCAGUGGGUCAUCAUUCAGCUUCAGUGUCUCUUGGCCAAAGCUUCUCCCUCAACCCCACAAAAUCCAACGAACUUUGGAGACCCUCAGUUCCAACAAAUCAACAACAAUGAAACUCUUCGUGUUUGCUGUGUGCGCCAUCGCUGUGGUUGCGGCCGAUGUCUCCCAUCUGAAUCUGGGCGGUGGUGGAAGUGGCUACUCGUACAACAAGCCCUCGCCGUCGUUCAACAUCCCAUCGGCGCCAGCUCCAGCUCCUGAGUACCUGCCUCCUGUCCAGGAUUUCCCCGCCCCAGCACCGCAGUACUCUCCCCCGGCACCCGCCCCACAGUACUCUCCCCCGGCACCCGCACCACAGUACUCUGCCCCGGCACCCGCCCAACAGUACUCCGCGCCAGCUCCAGCUCCAGCUCCUGAGUACCUGCCUCCUGUCCAGGAUUUCCCCGCCCCAGCACCGCAGUACUCUCCCCCGGCUCCCGCCCCACAGUACUCUCCCCCGGCACCCGCACCACAGUACUCUGCCCCGGCACCCGCCCAACAGUACUCCGCGCCAGCUCCAGCUCCAGCUCCUGAGUACCUGCCUCCUGUCCAGGAUUUCCCCGCCCCAGCACCGCAGUACUCUCCCCCGGCUCCCGCCCCACAGUACUCUCCCCCGGCACCCGCACCACAGUACUCUGCCCCGGCACCCGCCCAACAGUACUCCGCGCCAGCUCCAGCUCCAGCUCCUGAGUACCUGCCUCCUGUCCAGGAUUUCCCCGCCCCAGCACCGCAGUACUCUCCCCCGGCACCCGCCCCACAGUACUCUCUCCCGGCACCCGCCCCACAGUACUCCGCGCCAGCUCCAGCUCCAGCUCCUGAGUACCUGCCUCCUGUCCAGGAUAUCCCCGCCCCAGCACCGCAGUACUCUCCCCCGGCACCCGCCCCACAGUACUCUCUCCCGGCACCCGCCCCACAGUACUCUCCCCCGGCACCCGCCCCACAGUACUACUCUGCCCCCGCGCCAGGACCAGUCUUCUCCGCUCCCGUGGAGCAGCAGUCGUCUGGCUACCAGUACAAUGUGCCCGCUAAGCGUUUCCGCUUCUAGGCGAUCAGUGAUCAGUGAUCUCCACAGCCAUUCACGGGAGGGUAGGAUCGACUCGCCCGCUUGUUAAAUUAACAAGCGGCCUUCUCUCCCUCUUCAUUGUUGUUGAUUAUUUGUUGUUACGCAAAGUUCCCGUUGAGAUUUU